UUCAGCGAGCGCUUUGCUCUCCCCCUCAUUCUGUUUUCACAGAGCUCUGCACAAUGCUCAGAUGAGAGAGGGAGAGACAGUGUGUUAGAGAGAGAGAGGGCAAGUUAAAGAGAGCCAAAGAGAGAGCGGGAGGGCGAGCGCAUUACAGAGAGUGAUUGAGGAGAAGACCAGAAAGAGAGCGUGUGCGCGAGACCGAAGAGUUUAUUGCAACAGCGACUGGAGGUCUGGAUUACGCCGCUUUAAUCCUCAGGAGACUUUGUGGGACGGUUGGAAGGUGGUUCACAAAAAUUUCAAGCGCCCCAGGAAUUCCAUGGAUGUUAGUUGUUCCGUACCGCUGAAGCUUUGUGGAGUUCUUCAUACUGGAUUCAUCGCUCCUUUGCCAUCACCAUAAAAGUCACUCGUAUCCAUCUUUGCACCUAAAGGUUGUUCCAAUGCUCAUGGGGAACUGCCUGCUGCUGUUCCUCUGGUGCCUCUUAGACAAAAGCUUCGUUUCUCCCCUCCACUCUUCAUCCCAGAGCAGGAUGGGGAAGGAGCAGCACAGGAACCUGAUGGCACAUAGGAAACAUGGCAUGAUGGGAGCUCACAGAGUCAAGAGAGGAUGGGUGUGGAACCAGUUCUUUGUUCUGGAAGAGUACAUGGGAUCUGAUCCACAGUAUGUUGGAAAGCUUCACUCUGACCUGGAUAAGGGAGAUAGUAUGGUGAAGUACACACUCUCAGGUGAAGGAGUUGGCUCUAUUUUCACCAUCGAGCCAAGCACUGGAGACAUCCAUGCCUUAAGGAGCUUGGACCGAGAAGAGAAGCCUUAUUACACACUGAGAGCACAGGCUGUGGACGUGCUCACGGGCAGACCCUUAGAGCCCGAGUCGGAGUUUAUUAUCAAAGUCCAGGACAUCAAUGACAAUGAGCCAAGGUUCCUGGAGGGCCCAUACUCAGCCAGCGUCCCAGAGAUGUCACCCGUCGGCACAUAUGUGACGCAAAUUACCGCCACUGACGCGGAUGACCCUACUUAUGGAAACAGCGCGCGGAUUGUGUACAGUAUCCUUUAUGGGCAGCCCUACUUCUCUGUUGACCCCAAGACAGGAAUCAUAAGAGUUGCUUUACCCAACAUGGAUAGGGAGGUUAAAGAAAUGUACCAGGUGGUCAUACAGGCUAAGGACAUGGGUGGACAGCUUGGGGGCUUAGCUGGGACCACAACCAUCAAUAUCACUCUCCGUGAUGUCAACGACAACCCACCACGAUUUUCUAAAAGUAUCUUUCACCUGCGCGUUCCUGAAUCUUCACCUGUGGGCUCAUCGGUGGGAAGGGUCAAAGCUCAUGAUCUGGACUCCGGGAAGAAUGCUGAAGUGGAAUAUAGCAUUGUUCCUGGAGACGGAGGCUCCAUGUUUGAUAUUUACAGCAAUAAGAACACUCAAGAAGGAACAGUUGUACUGAAAAAGCGGCUAGACUAUGAGGCCAGAAAGGCCUACACCUUUAAAGUUGAAGCUUCAAACGCAGUUCUUGAUCAUCGAUUCCUACAUUUGGGACCUUUUAAGGACACUGCCACAGUGAAAGUGAAUGUUCUGGAUGUGGAAGAACCUCCUGUCUUCAGCCGGCUGUCUUACAGCAUGGAGACAUACGAGGACACACCAGUGGGCAUCAUCGUCGGAGCUGUCACAGCUGAGGACCUAGAUGUAGGCAACAGUCCUGUUAGAUAUUCUGUUGAGUGGAGACAGGACUCAGAAAACUACUUUGACAUUGACCCUGUUGAAGGAACUCUGUCUGUCAGUGAAGCCCUGGACAGAGAGAGAAAUACAGAACACAACGUCACUGUUGUAGCAACAAAAGUUAACAACCCCCUGCUGUCCAGCAAAGUUACUGUCACAGUCAAGGUGCUGGAUGUCAAUGAGUUUCCUCCAGAACUUGCUUUUGUGUAUGAGACGUUUGUUUGUGAAAAUGCAAAAGUAGGACAGGUGAUUCAGAUCAUCAGCGCCACAGACAGAGACAUGCCAGCUGUAGAACACCGAUUCUACUUCAAAUCCCCUUCACAGACCAGGAACAGAAACUUCACAAUCAGGGACUAUGGAAACAGCACAGCUGGAGUGGUGACCAGGCGAGCGGGGUUUCGGAGACUGGAGCAGAGCAUGUACCUGGUGCCGGUCGUGGUGGAGGACGGAGGGUACCCGAUCCGAAGCAGCACAGGGACGGUGUCGGUGCGGGUGUGUACCUGCGACACAGACGGCUCCCUUCUUUCCUGCAAUGCGGAAGCCGUCUUCUUUCCCAUGGGACUCAGCACUGGAGCUCUAAUGGCCAUACUGCUGUGCAUUGUGAUUCUGCUGGUGAUGGUGGUGCUCUAUAUGGGCCUGAGAAAACACAAGAAGAAGGACACUCUGAUGUCGUCUAAAGAGGACAUCCGGGACAAUGUGAUCCACUACGACGAUGAGGGGGGUGGGGAAGAGGACACCCAGGCCUUUGACAUAGGUACGUUACGCAAUCCCAAAGGCAUCAAAGAGACAGCGCAGCUGCAAAAAAUAAGAUCAGAGGAUGAGGCCGAUCGGGCUAGUGCGCGCAUGUCCAACGAGGACAGCGAGGACAUCCGAGCUUACAUCCAUCACUGUCUUCUGGAGAGCUCAACACCUCCGUAUGACUCUCUGGUCACGUAUGCAUAUGAGGGAGAGGGAUCGGUGGCCGAGUCUCUCAGUUCCAUUGAGUCCUGGGUGCUUGAACCCAAGGAGGAUUACAGAAAUCUCUGUGACUGGGGUCCUCGUUUCAAAACACUGGCUGGGAUGUUUAAAGAGCAUGAGUGUAAGGACACGGAAAAGGCGGAAAAUGAAGCACACGCUGAGGCGCUAAAUGACAGACUGGACUGAGAGCAUUUUCAGGUGCUCUGUGAAAAAUGGAAAGUUUAUUUAUUUCAGGCAUGGCACUUAAAGAAAUAGUUCAAUCUAAAAUGAAAAUGGUCAUGUUGCUCCAAUCCUGUAUGACUUACUUUCUUCUCUCCAAGGUCCGGUCUAAGUAAUGAAAUUUUGCUGACAUUUUAAAAAUAUCCUGGUGUUUUUUUGUCCAUACAGUCUAUACAAAGAAAGUCAGUGGGGAUGAAAUAUUGUUUUGGACCCUGUUGACUUUGAUACGGACACAAAGGUUGAAACUAAAAGUCAACACACCUUACAGGAAUAGUUCACCCAAAAAUAUAAAUUCUGUCAUUAGUUAAUCAGCUUCAUGUCGUUCCAAACCCGUAAGAGCUUUGUUCAUCUUCAGAACACGAAUUAAGAUAUUAGUUUUCAUAUCUUAAAAUUAAAAUAUUAAUAAUAACACAAAUUAACACUGGCUCCUGUGUCAACAGCAACACAGAUGCAGACAAAAAAAUUUUUUGGAAUAAAGUUGUUAUUUUUGUUUUCUUCACGCACAAAAUGUUUUCUUGUAGCUUCAGUAUUAAGUUUGAACCACUGAUAUCACAUCUUAUUAAUGUUCUUACUACCUUUCUGGGCCUGGGAAUGUUUCAGUUGCGUUGCAGCAUAUGCAGGGUCAGAAAGCUCUCGGAUUUAAUCAAAAAUAUGUUAAUUUGCGUUUGGAAAAUGAACAAAGAUCUUACAGGUUUGGAAUGACGUGAGGGUGAGUAAUUAAUGUAAAAAUUUUCAUUUUUGGGAGAAGUUUAACACAGUAGAAGUCAUUUUAAAAAUGUCUUUUAUGGACAACUGUUAUUUUGGACACCAUUCACUUUGAGUAUAUUUACAAAAACAGCUAAAACUUUACUGAACAGCAGUAAAUGUCAACACACCUUAACAAAAAACAAGAUAUUUUUAAAAUGCCCAAGUGGUUUUUAUUUAUUUAUUUAUUUAUUUAUUUAUUUAUUGUCUAUAUACACUAGUCUGUACACAAUGGGACAAAAUAUUGUUUUGAACCCCACUGACUUUGAUUAUAUGGACAAAAAACAAAACAAAACCAAAAAAACAAAUGUGCAAAUGUGACCGCACGUAAACACAAAAGAAGACUGUCUUUACAGUCUAUACAGUAAAAGCCACUGGGGACAAACUGUUGUUUUAGACCGCAUUAAUUUUGAGUAUAUAGGCAAAAACAGCUGAAACUUACAGUAACAGUAAAUGUCAACACACCUUCACACAAAAUAAGACAUUUUAAAAAUGUCCAAGUGUUUUUUGCCUAUAUACACUAGUCUGUCCAAAAUGAAGGACAAAAUAUUGUUUUGGACCCCACUGACUUUAAUUAAAUUGACAAAUAAAAGUUGAAUAGUCACUGGGAAAAAUUAAAAAAAAAAAAAAAAAAGUAAAUAUGACCACACAAAAGUGAGUUUUUUGUGUGUCUACAGUCUAUACAAUAAAAGACAAUGGGGACAAACUGUUGUUUUGGACCCCAUUUAUUUUAAUUACAUGGACAAAAACAGCUGAACACAAUGAAAGUCAAUGGAGACAAAAUAUUGUUUUGGAGCCCAUUGACAAUGGGCUCAGAAGAAAGCUCACAGAAGAAAGUCAGUCAUACAAGUUUGGGUGGACAUUAGGGUGAAUAAAUGUUAACAGAAUUUUCAUUUUGGGGUAAACUGUUUCUUUAAACGAAGAAGUUGUCUGUGGCUAGGGAAAGACACUGACAAGGCUGGCUAUGUGCCUUUCCUAUACCUCAUGCAUAUUUUACACUCUUCUCUUCACUAUUUAGGAAGAAACGUGGAACUGCAAUUUUUCCGACUGCAUUUUAACAUCUGUUUUAUAUACUUCUACAAGUCAAAGAACCAAAAAACCCCUCUUUGAUAUAAAAAGUGCCUCAUGAACUGCUUUAUUUGUCUUUCAACUGUUGACAUUGUUAUUUGCAAGCAAGAGAAGUCUAUAACCUCUGUGUGAAUGGACCAAGAGGAGAAAACAGGAUAAACAUCAUAUACAAAAAAACUAUUGCCCUGCUAGCAAUCCUUCCAAACGUAUUUACCAGCACUUAGCAGGAAUUCUGCCAGGGCAAUACCCGGAACGUCACAGUUGGUACUUUUCACUGAUGCCCCAUGAACACAUCUGUUUGGAUCGCCCUCACUGACUGCCCCAGACUGUGCUGCUUGCUUCCAUGGUGAUCGAGCCCCACCAACUCUCUCCUUAAUGUCCUCCGGGCUUUUGCCACUAGUUUGAUAGCCACAGGCUCUUUGCGCCUGCUGUCUUCCAGUCUGACUGUUGUGGUGCCACUCCAACAUCACCCUACAGCGAUUCAACAGAGCUGUGGCUUUACACUAGGGCCACUGAUUUCAGUGAUUCUGUCUUGGCCAGCCGAGUCAUUACAAUGUUCAUUCUGACCCACGUUUUCUAUCAGUCUCCCUGAGAGUGGAGCUAAUGAGACCUCUUUGUCAGUUAUCAAAAGACAAUAUGGAAGAAUCUCUUAUCCAUUAUUGACUAUAUUGUAUGAACCUGUGUCUAUAACAAACUCAAAUGGAAAGUUUGGACAAUAAAGUUAUGUUUGUGAUAAA